UGUAUUUUGUCUCAUAUAAUUUUUAUUCAUUUUUAUUCUAGUCACUAGUAGAUAUUGAACAAUUAUUUAUUACUGUAAACAAAGUUAAAACUAUUAUUGUAAUUUGGAAAGAUGGAUGAGCAAAUUCUUUUAAGAAAGAAACAUAAGGCAUUUAAAGUUGGGAAUCAAUUGAUGUUUGCAUCUAUUUGUACAGACUUAGGUGAUUUAUAUACAAAUGAAGCUAAAUACGAAAAUGCUAUUGAACAAUAUCGUGAUCUUGCUAAAACAUAUGAAGAACUACAGAGGAGAAUGGACUAUGCUAAAGCAAAUAGGAUGAUUGGUGAAGCUUAUAUGCAUUUAAAUCAGUUUGAAGAGGCACUGCAAUGUCAAAAUAUUUAUCUAGGAAUUGCCCAAGAAGAAAAUAACAAAUUAGAAGAACAAAGAGCUCUGGCAACCAUAGGUCACACUUACCUUACUAGUUAUUUGUAUGAUAGUGAAAACAAUAAGAAACAUUUGGAUUUUGCACAAAACUUUUUAAUGAAAAGUUUAGUCAUUUGUGAAAAUUUGACUGGGAUUAGUAAAUAUGAUCAUAUGGAUAUGUCAGCACGCUUAUUUGCAAACUUAGGUGUAAUUCAAGAAUGUGAAGGUAACUUUGAUAAAGGAAUAGAACUUGUUGAAAGGUCUAUAAAGAUUUGUAAGACACAUAACUUGUAUGAUCAAUUAGAAAGGUCAUAUAAUCAAUUGGGUUCAUUAUAUUUUCAAAAGAAGGAAUUUGACAAAGCUAUUUCUCAGUAUAAUUUGGCUAUAGAUGCAGCAGGCUAUUUAAGAGAUAAAACAUAUCGCAUAGUUGCUUCACUUUUAUCUAAAUCAGAAAUACUAAUAUCAUUGUCUGAUUUUCGUGGAGCUAAACAAGUUUUAUUAAAAGCAUACAAAAUGAAAAGUCCAAAUGUUGUAGAUCAAGAAACUGUUAUUCACAAAUUAAAAAUUGUUGCUGCAAUGUGCUAUGCAGAAGAUGCACUUUUAAUUACCAAUGAUACUGACUAUGUUCGUAGAAAGCAUCUUUAUGAAAAAUUGGGAGAUGGUGCAUGUGAGCUCAAAGUUUAUUCUUUGGGAAUUCAAUAUUAUGAAAAAAUGCUGAAUGUUGCAAUAAAGUCAGGAGAUACAGACAAAGCUUUAAGUCCUUGUUAUAUUAGUCUUGCACAAACAUAUAAGGAUAAUAAGCAGUAUGAUUUGUCACUGAGUUAUUUUCAGAAAGAGUAUAGCUUGUGUAGAAAUGAGCUUAAAGAGGCGGUAACGACGCUUUUAGAUAUGGCUGAGGUAAUGGAAUUAGCAAAAAAAGACUGGGUACAAAUUGAUAGUGUGUAUAGGAAGGCAUACAAUCAUUGUAAAUUAGAUACAGAUAAUCGGUUAAAAGCUAAAGUGCUUUCUAGACAUAUAGCACAGCUUAAAAAUGCUAAUAAAAUUACAGAAGCUCAAAAUCUUGAAAGUGAAUAUGAAAAAUUGAACAUUGGAGAAUCGGAAUCAGAAAGUGAAAGUUUAGAAUUUCAGACAACUCCAAAUAUUGGAGAUGAUGUAUGCAUAAAUGAAAUUACAGAUGAUUCCGAUAGUAGCGAUAAUGAGAAGAUUCCCGAUAAACUUCGAUUUUCUACUCGCAAAAAAACAAAAACUUUCAUGUUGAAGAAAAAUGCAAAGGGUGAAACGCAAUUGCACACAGCGUGUAUAAAUGGCAAAUUUGAACUUGCCAAAAAAUUAAUUCAGCAAAAACAUCCUAUAAAUAUAAGAGAUAAUUGCGGUUGGUUACCUAUCCAUGAAGCUUGUCUUCAUGGUCAUUUAGAUAUUGUGGAGUUAUUGGUGAAUCAUGGGGCCACUAUAAAUGAUAGAGGAGGAACUGGAUGUGGUGGAACAACUCCUAUUCACGAUGCAGCAAUAAAUGGUCAUUUAGAAAUAGUUGAAUUUCUCCUAAAUCAUGGUGCUUCGUCAAUAGUUAAGGACGAUAAAGGCGACACUCCCUUAGCUCUUUUAAAGCAGUGGAGAGAAACUGAAAAAUUGGACACUUCAAUGCAAGCAUAUUACAAUAUUUUAAUCGACCGAAUGUCCAAAGAUCUCGAAAAAGCUGGUCAAACGGAAAAAGCUCAUUUUCAAAAAAGUUCCCAUUCAAGUUCAGUGUAUGACAAUAUGCCUUCACAAAAUAAUAGAGAACCAGAAAUAACGAAAUCAACGGUAGUUGAACGAUUAAGAAAUUUUUUACCGUCAAAUGAGGACUUAUUUACGAAUAUACCGUCAAGUUCCAUGGUGUGUAAUGAAAUUUUUGAAUCUGAUUCAAACUCAAAUGAUUCCAUUAGUGUUCAUGAAAACCUUUCUUCUGAAAGCGUAACGACAGAAUAUAAAAACGUGAUGAAAAACUUGCGUCGUACUACUUGGGAUAUUUCUAAGAAACGAAAAUCUGAUGAAGAAGUUAAAAUUUCUGCGCAUUUAUCUAUAGAGGACAUUGGCGAUGAUAACUGGUUAGAUGACGAUCUAGGAAGUACCACAAAUAAAAAAAGGAAAACUAUAUUAUCUGACAAUAUUUGCGUUUUUGAUUCAUUUGAAACUAAAAGAGAUAGUUUUAGCCCGAAAAGUGACAUAUCUUCACAUUCUUUAAAAGAACUCAACAAUCUUACCUCUAAACCUUCCCAAGACUCGAAUUGCAGUCCUUUAAAUAAUGAAGUAAGUGAUGUUACUACGGGAACAUUUCUAGAAGAAAGCGAUUCAAGCACUGAUAGUUUUAAAACUAUUUCGGAAAAGGACCAGUUAUCUCCUACACAAACGAGAUUUCUACAUCGAAAUAAUGAAAAGGCCUUAUUAACAAAAUCAAAUAAGCGUAACAAACAAAAGAAAAAAUAUCAGUUGAAAUUGACUGAUAUGACGAUACAAAAGUACAUAGCUGAGGCAGAUUCUACAACAGAUUUGUCUGUUUCUAUUGAAAAAGACGAUAUUGUUACUCAAAAUAGAAACCAAUUUUUAAACGAUCCUAUAAUAUCCGUGGAUGUAAGAAUUGACAGCAAAUUAUACAGAGUGCCUAUUCUAUUAUCUGAUCUUAACAAAAAAACUGUUAAAUGGUUAGCAGAAGAGGCUGCAAGAAGAUAUGCAAGAAAAGAAUUGGUUAGACCUGUACUGGAUCUUGAAACUAAAAAUGGAGCAGUUUUGGCUGAAGACGAUUUCGUUAGCAUUUUGUUUCCUGCGGGAAACAUUCAAUCUGAAGAAAUACAAGCUCGAAUUGUUAGGUGGGAUAUUCCAUCUUUAGUAGAACGUUUUCGGGAAAGUUGUAUAACAUACGAAUUGGAUGUUCAAGAGGAAAUUGAAGAAACACUUCAAAUGUCUUCCACAUCAAUUAAUUUAUCAGAUUUUGGACUUCGCGAUGUUUAUUUAAAGCCUUUCUUUAAGGCAAUAAAUCAUCAAACAAACUUGAAUGAUUUAAAUUUAUCGGGCAACGUGUUGACUAAAGAAAGCAUGACAGAUUUAUGCUUUUCCAUCUCUUCACUCACACAUCUUAGAAAUUUAAACUUAUCUUCAUGUAAUUUAAACGCAGAUUUAUUGAAAAUAUUUUCGGACUCAUUUUUAAACAACACAGGCCAAAUUCUUGAAAAUCUCGUGAAUCUAAAUUUAAAUUUUAAUCCUUUAACAGCAAAUAGUAUGAAAUACUUAGCUACGUUGACCAGAUUUUUAAAGUUAGAAGCACUUCAUUUGGCUGCUGUUGAUUUUAGUUUCACUGUUUUCGAUAGCUCUGUGAAUAAAGAUUUAGAACUUUGCUUAAAAUCAAUUAAAGUUUUGGAUAUUAGUUCUAAUAAUCUUAAAACUGAGGAAGUGGCAAAAAUAUUAUCGUGGCUAGAUCAAAAUAUUCUAGAAAAUUUAAAUGUGUCUAAUAAUAAUCAGUUCAGCAUUGGUAUAUGUGGAGAAGUAACUGCAUUUUUAAUGAACUGCGAAAAUAGUACCCUAAAAUUAAAAACACUAAACCUAUCUAGAUGUAAUGUAAUUGAUGAUGAAAUUGAAGAACUUUUAAGGGCUCUUGAAUUUUCUAAUGGAUUAAAACAUUUGAACCUCUCAUACAAUCCUCAGUUAACAUUAAAAUCCUCUAAAAAACUGCUGCAGCAUUAUUCUUUAGUAAAUUUAAAUUUAAUGGGCUGUGAUAUUGCUUUUACAGGAAUGAAAAAUGCCGUGGAACUUAUUAAUUUUGAGAAAUGUAUUAUUAGAAAUCUGAGUGUAACAUUUUUAGAUGAUGAGAGCCUGAAAAAUUGUGAAGAACUGAUAAAGAUUUGGAAAAACAAAUAUCAUGAUAUGUGUAGAAUUAUAAAGCAAAGGCAAUUUAUACAAUUUGUAGUAUUUGAAACUAAUCAAUAAUUAUUAAAAUUUUGUAAGUAAUUUAUAAUAAAUUUCAUUAUUGUAAAUAGUAAUGUAAACAAAAUAUUUUGUACCUAUUUUUACAAUUAGUAGUCUAGAUCAUAGCUUAGCAUCUAGGUGUGCCUGCCCUGGCCCACGUUUUUCUGUUCCUUAUGUCAUUUAGGAUAAUGCUGAAGCAGUUAUAUUUCACGUAUAAUCUCCCCCCCCCCAGUCUUAUUAUAUUAGCUGGUGAGAACGAAACACGUAAUAGUUAAUUUAUGGUAUUAUAUCUCCUAUUUCUAUCAUAACAGAAGUAAAUCCAGGAAUUUUGUACUAAAAUUUACUUCACUAUGUUGCCCCAUCAGCUUACAAUCUCUUGGAGUGAUUAAAAAAUUAGCAUAAAAGUAAAAUGUACAACUGAAUUAAAAUAUGCCAAUCAUGUUACGCCUCACUGAGUGAUGAACUCUUACCUAAAUUUGGUUUUAGUUUUGGUAAUAUUUAACUAUCUACGUUAAAAGUAUGCUUUAGAUUAAAUUCAUUGUGAUAUAUUAUUAACAGGUUUAGUUAACUUGUAGUGAUAAGUUGAAUUUGGUAAUUUUACAAUUGUAGUCAUAUUAUUUAUAUAUUACAACAGCUCCUGUACAAAUAACUUUACACAUAUGCCUCAACUUUUACUUAAAUUACCGUAAUAUAUUAAUUCUUUGGUAGAACACAUGAAAUAUUUUUAAUAAUAUAACAAGCUAAAAUGAUGAAUGGAGUUUGAAUAAAACAUUUGAAACA